AUGGACAGUACAUUUCAUGCCUAUAGACUCAAAUUUGUCCAGCAGACAUGUCGCAUACGAAAGUGCAUUCGAUUCACCGACCUGGGUCUCGUUGCCUUCUUCCAACCAGUCUCUGGAAGGCAUUGCGUCGUGGUGGGAGAGGUAAUUGGCACAAAGAGGUCCUCUGGCAUUGGGGCAAACCCCUUGCCUCUAACGAAGCUCGUCUCAAAGGCCACUCUUCAUCGACUUCAAGAGGCUCUCCAGAAACCCCGGAAUUGUAACGAAAAUGCGCAGCCAUUGCAAGGUCUCACCGCCUCGGAUGUCUCUCAUUACGAACAUCUGGAGGAAGUGGCAAAUCGUCACCCCUAG